AUGAAUUCGCAACAGACAGAACUGGGUCAGGACUCGUAUUCGACAAAUGGCACUGGGGGCUCACCACAACAUGAAGCCAGAUAUUUCUCUUCAAAAAGAGCUCGUGAAAUUCAAGCUGAAGAAGGAAUAACCUCUCCUUAUCGUUCUGCGGCGCUUCCUCCGCCCUCGCUUUCAACCAGUGGCGCUUUUACUAAUGGAACUCUGUUAUCUGAUUCGAACCCUGCACCAUCAAUUGAAUAUCUUAAAUCCGUUAGUAAUAAAUCAGUGUCAAACUCCAACGGCACUAGCAACAAUGAUCAUCUUACUCAAUAUCCUCAUUCCUUCCGUCGCGCACGGGCCGAUACUUUACCAUCAAAUUUAUCGGGUGGUAGAUCACCAUUCUCAAUUGGUCAUCACACUACAUCCUCCUUAUCAUCAUUAGCCAAUCAAGCGCCAUCAAAUUUACUCUCGCCACCGAAAGCAUCUUCGCGUCUUCGAUCCGGCUCACUAACAUUACCUUCUUCUUCUCUAUCGGCUGCUUUUGGACCAUCAAUAUUUACGACUGGUUGGUCUGAUCACCGUAAUGAAAAUAAUGGUCCUCCGACACCAUCCAUGCCCACGCCCACCACGGGUGAACUACUACGUGGCGAUGAAAACAAUACCGUCAGUAAAACUUUGGACUAUUUAGGCCUUGAUGAUCAUGAACAUGGGUCAAUGGGAAGUGGAGUUUUAUCAAAACACGCGGGAAAUUCCAAACUCCCGCAGAUCAAAGUGGAAAUGAAGCAGUCGAAUUCUCCAUCAUAUUCUCAAUCUGGACCGACCAUAUCAGCCAUACCGGCACUUCGUCGUGAUGCCAACCGUAUUCGAUCAUAUUCGGUUUCAGCCACUGCUAAAUAUGAUGAUCAACCCACUUCAAAUGCAUCAAUAGCAGCCAAUACGUUAUUUCCUCCUGGUAAUGCCGCAGUUCAACAAUUCCAUCAAACGCAUUCACGACCUCGAGCUAUUUCUCUAGGAAUUUUGGAUUUACCAAAUGAAGUCAUGGUACUACGAGGAAGAAAUGGACAAAUUUAUACCGAAAUGCCUGAAACACAGCAAUCGAUCAAUAAUGGAGGUGGAGUUCCUCGGUCAUUAGGCGGAGAACAAUUAUUAGGUAUGAUGGUGAGUGGAAUGAUGGAAGGCAAGAAAAAGCAACAACAGCAGAUUCAUGUUGAAGAGGAAUAUCUAAUGGAUCAUGGUGAUCUCGAGAGUACUCCCCCGCCUCAAACUCCAACCAGAUCUUUGUGGAUUGGAAAUAUCGAUCCCUCUCUCACUACACAAGAUCUCAUGCAAUUGUUUUCUCCAUUCGGAAUUAUCGAAAGUCUACGUCUGUUACCGGAUAAAGAAUGCGGCUUCGUGAAUUUCGCUCGAGUGGAAGACGCCGUUCGUGCUAAAGAUGACAUAAUGAAUCGAAUGGGGGGAAGAGUUGGAAACUGCAUUGUUCGUGUAGGAUACGGAAAAUCCGAUGCAUUAAAUUCCCACGAUAUCUCUCUCUCUUCUCAAACUCAAUCACAGCCGACUAGGGCCCUCUGGGUUGGGAAUAUACCCACAUCGACAACACCGCAGGCGCUUCAGAAUAUUUUUUCUCCAUAUGGAACCAUUGAAUCUGCACGUGUUCUUACACACAAGAAUUGCGGAUUUGUUAAUUUUGAGAAAUUAGAUGAUGCUAUCAAAGCAAAGAAAUCAUUGCACGGAAAAGAAGUUCUUGGAAGUGCAGUUGGGCCCGUGAAAAUCGGUUACGCAAAGGUGCAACCAAAACCUUCGCCUUCAUCAACUCCUGAACCUGGAUCUCCCACCACUCUUCAUGAGCGUAAUCAAUCCUCAUCAUCAUCCAAUAAUAACGAUGGCAAUAAUGCUACAGACAAUAACAACGACGAAAACAACGACGACGCUCACCUUCAAAAUCAAACACAUGGGCAAUGGAAUGGUCAAGUUGAAAAUUACCAUAGCAACAUGAUGAUGAUGUUAAUGGCCAAUGCUUCGAGCGGUUUGACAGAAAAACAGUUGAUGAUGCGUGAAUUAAGCGGUGGCCUCGAUGAUGAUAUAGAUGAUGUAAAUGAUAAUCGUCCACCCACCAAUUAUUUCACCUCUAUUCCACCUGUUCGUGAUCCCAACCCUAAUCGUAAACCUGAUGCAUCUCGGCUAAGAGAAAUUAGAAAGCGUCUUGAUAGUGGACAUUGUUUAGCUAAAGAAGUGGAAGCCCUCGCCUCCGAAGUUCUUGAAGAAUGUGUAGAAUUAUCGAGUGAUUACAUUGGAAAUACCGUAAUUCAAAAAUUGUUUGAAAGAUGUUCUGAUAGUACAAAAAUGAAGAUGCUUGAGAAAAUCGCGCCUCACAUGGCCACUAUUGGUAUUCAUAAAAAUGGAACUUGGGCAGCACAGAAAAUCAUUGAUUGUGUAAAGACACCAGCACAGAUGAACAUUAUCACGGCAAAAGUCAAGCCAUAUACUCCUCCGUUAUUACUUGACCAAUUUGGAAAUUAUGUGGUUCAAUGUUGCCUCCGAUUGGGAACUCAAAGAAAUCAGUUUAUCUUUGAUGCUAUGGUAGACAGAUGUUUAGAAGUUGCACAAGGACGUUUUGGAGCACGUGCAAUGAGGGCUUGCUUAGAGUCUCAAUACGUCAGCAAAAAACAACAGAAACAAGUUGCUAUUGCUAUUGUGAUGAAUGCUGUUCCUCUAUCGACAAAUCCUAAUGGAGCUCUUUUAUUGACGUGGCUUCUCGACACAUCAUCUUUCCCUGGUCGAUAUCGUAUUUUGGCACCAAAACUUGCAAAUCAUUUAGGACAUUUGUGCACACAUAAACUCGCGUCACUUACCGUUCUUAAAAUUAUCAAUCAACGACAAGAACCAGAUGCACGCGAUAUUACAAUAUCAUCUCUGUUCUUUUCAGCUAACGACCAAGUUUUAGAAGAUGUCUUAAAUGACCAAGUUCAUGGAGUUGGUGUGGUACAAAAAGUAUUGGGUAGUCCUUAUAUUGAUCCAUUAGAGAAACAAAGAUUAGUGGAGAAAGUGAGAAUAGUGUUAGGGAAAUUAAAAGUUCAGCAAGUUCAAGGAUAUAAACGUUUAUUGGAAGAAUUAGGAAUGAUUGGGGAUCCAUCUAUUAACGGAGUUCAUUUAGGUGCACUUUCGCCACCGUUAGGAAUUCCGCCACAAGGACUUUAUCCAGAGAAUGCUAAUUCAUCACCGCUUGAUCAACUUUCACCCACGGCUAUUCUUUCCCCUUCUAAUGAAAAUGCAUCGACUACAACCUCAUCUGCUCAAAUUUCAAAUUCCACUCCAACUGGAAAUUAUCCACCGCCAACGCCAAUGUUCAUGAAUAAUAUACCAAUGUCUCAUCCUCACUCACCAUUUUCACAAGCAUCACCAUAUCCACACAUGAGUCACUUUCCAACAUUCAUUCAUCCUACCGCCUUGGCGGCAGUUGCGGCUGGCAUGUAUGGUCAUCCGGCUGCAAUGUUUAAUCCAAACGCUUAUCCUUAUAUGCUUGCCUCCGGCGGAGCUAUUCCUCCACCAAUAUUGAAUACCGGGCCACCAACUCCUUCUUCGAUAAAUAAUCCCCAAAUGCUUGCAUUUUUCCAACAACCAUUAUCGUCACAACAUCCACAGCAGCAAUCUUUACAGCAAGAACAACAGCCGCUACAAACAUCAAACGGAAGUGAUUCGCAAGCACAAUCAUCCCCUCCGUUAGUUAUCGAUUCUCUUGAAGAGUCUUCAACGAAUAACGGUAAUAUGAAAAUAGAAGAGCAAGAACAAUAA